UCAAAAUCAGGGGGCAGUGCUUCGAGUUUCCUUUUCUAGUCCGCAAAGAAUCAAAUCGAGAAUCUCUAACGGCAAAGCUCCGAUGUCCAAAAUGGUCAAGCUUUCGAGUUUCUCUCAAGUCUGUAGAACGCGUGCAAGAGCGCGCACAGCUCAUUUCUCAGUUGAAAGUUGUCCAAUUAAGCAAACCCCUCCCAACCACAUUCCUUAUUCGUUAUCGCAAUCCUCCCAGAUCAAAAAACAAUGGAUGCCCCUGAAGUAAACAAGGAAUUGCUUGGGGAACUUGUAGCACUUGGAUUCCCCCUAGCCAGAGCAACAAGGGCAGUACAUUAUUCUGGUAAUGCUAGCCUUGAGGCUGCUGUAAAUUGGAUUAUUGAUCAUGAAGGUGACUUAGAUAUUGAUCAGAUGCCUCUGGUAACAGUGAACAUCAGUAUUGAUGAUUCUACACCUGCUGAUAUUACCGAAGAAGUAAAGAUAAAAGCACAACUGCUAAGGGGACACGCACACAAAACUGAUAAAGAAGAAGAAAAGAGAUCCAAAAGAGAGAGGGAGAAGAGGAGGAUUCAAGCUGGUAAGGAACUGCUCGAGUCCAAGCAUAUUGCAGAAGAAAAUGAAAGAAAACGUAGUUUAGCCUUGAGGAAAGCAGAGAAAGAGGAAGAAAAAAGGGCAAGGGAGAAAAUCCGUCAGAAGCUGCGGGCAGAUAAGGCUGAGAGAAGAAACAAGCUUGGAUUGCCACUGGGAGAUCCUGUAGAUAUAAAACCUGCCAUGUCUAUGGGCUUGUUGUGCGUCAAGUAUGCUGCAAAGGAGCCUAUGAGAGACUGCUUAAGGUCUCUGAAGCUCAAUUGCAAGGAUGAUGAUGCCAGGGUGAAGAGGGCUUUUCAAACCCUUCUAAUAUAUGUCAGAAAUGUUGCAAAUAAUCCUAAUGAGGAAAAGUUCAGGAUGAUCCGACUUGGUAACCAGGCUUUUAAGAAAAGAGUUGGGGAUUUCGAAGGAGGUGUUGAGUUUCUUGAGCUUUGUGGGUUUGAGAGAACUGAAGGGGGCAAGUUCUUGAUUCUUCCGCGCAACAAGGUUGACAUGGCUGUAUUGAAUGCAGCAGCAUCUGUAUUGAAUUCUGCGAUAACGAAUCCCUUCUUUGGAUAUUUUCAGAGGACAACAGAAGAUGAUGGUCUUGUUUAGAAGUAAUAGCUUAAAUCUAAAAAUUAUAAGAAAAAUCUGCCUAGUGACAACCGAAUGAACAACCAGAGAUGGUAUAUCUACCACAAAAAAUGAACUUGUAUUUAUGUAAAUUUCUUGUGCUUGUAUAACUAUGUUAACUAUAUAUGAGACUAGCUACUAGUGUUAAGAGUGA